AUGUUAGCCUCUCUCCGAAAAGCUCAAACAUAUGCUCGCAAUUCUGAAUCAAAUUCAGGGUAUUUCAGGAAGCGGGGCUUCUUCGAAACAAGGGGAGAAGAGGAGGAAAACCUGAAAAAUCCAUCUGGUCAGAAGGAUAAUGAAGCUUCUGGAUCAGGAAAAGACAAAGGCAAAAUUGUUUCUGAAAAAUAUACUGAUGAAAAUCCAAAAAUGACUGAGUCAGAAAGAGCAGUAAGAAAGAAAAAGGAUAAAGAGCUUGACGAACUCAAUGCCCUCAUGAAAAAACUUGAUGCCAAAGAGGCUGAAGUCAAAAAUUCAAAAUUGAUCCUUGAAAAUCAAAAAACUGUAUUCCUGUAUGCAAAACCGCAAUACGAGUCAUGGAGUCUUAAAAGAAUUAUGGGACUGAAGGUUGGCUUGCUUGUUCAAAGAAAAGACUUUCUGAAUGUACAUCUCAAAGGAUUUCAAGGUGCCAAUCAUGUUCUUCACGAGUUCACUUUGGCUGAUCUGCCAUUUGUGAAUCCUUAUGAUUGGAUCUCGUUGUUUUACAUUGUUGCGAAGGAUGUGAAUAAGUAUGAUCCCAUAUGUGAACAUUAA